UUUUUAAUAUAUAUAUUUUUUGACUCAGGAUAAAACACGAUUUCAUUAUCUGGUGCAUGCGCUGCACGAUUUUCCUUCUAAUCUUACAAGUAUUUCCAUAGCUAUUAAAAAUUCACAAUCAUCAAUUUUCAGAACUAUUUAUAAGAAGUUUGUGACUUGUAUAUGGUUUCACGGAUCCUUCGUGAGGCUCCGAUAAAUUAUUUUAUGCUUUUUAGUCCGUUUUAAUUAAUAAUAAAAUAACAAUAGGGAAGCCGAGACACCGUGUAUUUUCAUUAAAAAACUUCUAUCUAUUAAUGUAAAACCCUAUGAUGACUGUUCAGAAUGCUCACAUGUUCUGGUGGCUUUAUUACGUAAAUCCAACAGUUAAGUCAGAAAAUUCAAAUGUCUUCGAUAAGCCUCUGAUUAUUUGGUUGCAAGGAGGUCCUGGCGAAUCAGGUACUGGCUACAAAAAUUUAAAUGAAUUUGGACCACUUGACACUAAUCUCAAACAACGCAAUUAUACAUGGGUCAAUGAUUACAAUGUUUUAUUUAUUGACAAUCCCGUGAACGUUGGUUUCAGUUAUGUCGAUAACGACUCAGCGAUGGCACCAAACAUGAAGCAAGUAGUUCACGAUCUUGUAGCAUUAAUGAAAGGAUUUCUUAAAACAAUUCCUUCAUUUAUGAAUGUUCCUACUUACAUCGUAGGCGAAUCUUUCGGAGGGAAUAUGGCUGUUGAAUUCGCUUUUCGUUGGUUUAAAGUAUUAAUCAUAUUACUAUUUUUCCAUGUAAUAAUAUUGUCAUUACCAAACUUAUUUUAUUUUUAAUAUAAGGCUCAACAAAAUAGAACUAUUAAAAGUAAAUUAAAAGGAAUAGCUCUAGAUGACUUACCAAUAUGUAUUAAAGAAAUAGUUAAAUCUACACCUACAUAUUUAUUAAAUAUGGUAAAAAAUUUUAAUAUUUUUAUUAUUAUUUUAUAAAUAGUAAUAGUGUAUUGUGUGACAAAGGAUGAAACAACAAUGUAAGUGACCUAGCGGAUCUGAAUUACGGUAAAUUACGGCAAUACUACGGUACUAUAUGGCAAAAGUGCGGCACUUUACCGUAAAAGGCUGUACUUUACGGUAAAUAUCGUAUUGCACGAUAAUCUCUAGUAAGUAUUCUAAAUAUCGUAAGUUACGAUGCUUUACUAAAUUUUCAGUAAAUUACAGUAUUCUGCGGUAAAAUACGGUAAUUUACCAUGAUUUGAAUCCACUAGGGUGCAGGUCAGAAUGAAGUUGCCUGCUUGAGAUAAAGGCGAAGGCUAACAUCACCCGUGCCUGAAUUUAUGUUUCAUUUUGUGUCACUUUCUAUAUUUUUCAUAGAAACUUUGAGCUUCAAUGCUUUAGGCCACUCGAAACAUGUUAAUUUCAAGUUAAUGAUGUAAGAAGCUGUUAACGUAUGUUUAAAUUAUAAAUUGCACACCUCGAAUGCGAAGCAGAGAGGUAGUGCUUGAUCGUCGCCAAACUUAAACACCGGGUUGUUGUCAACUUUAAAUCAUUUCCAUAAAUUUUAUACGGCACUUAAAUAAGAAAAAAAUGAGCUAAUGUCAAGAGGACAUUCUAAUAAACAAUGUCAAUAUUAUUCAGUCUUCCUGUUUAGUAUAAGGUAAAAGCACCAAUUAUUGACACCCUAUCUCAUUUAAAGACGUAUUUAAUUACUUACUAUAUUCAUAAUAAUCGUAUACAUUUUUAAACAAUCUUUAUAAUUAAAAAAAUGAAAAAAAAAAUCAAUUUCAAUGAAAAAUAUCAAAUAUUUAUUAAUAAAAAAAAUUAGAUUUAUUCGUGUCUAUCAAAACAGCUCGUGAGCGUCAAUUUUCUUAACUAUUCCGGUUAGAAAAUCAGUCUU